AUGGCGAGCAACAACACAUCGAAGCCAAACUCUCCGGCAGUUCUAUCCACGCCUCCAGGCUUUAGGAGCCGCCAUGAUUCUAUCAACUCUAUAUCCACCGCCUCGCAGGCCGAUAAGGACCAGCUAGCCCAUACUCUGAACAGAAUCCAUACGUCGGCGAGCCAGUCUGACUCUUUGACGACAUUCAACGACUUUGCUCCUCCUCCCUCAUCUCUUCCGGCGACAGAAACAAAGGUUUUGGCAGGAGAGCUGGUUCAGAAUGGCCUCAGUGGGCUCUACAGUCGGCUAAAAGAGGCGGUGGGCGCUGGCGGGGCGAGACAGCAGGACGUCGACGAUGGCGACAGCUUCGAUGCUGCAUCGAAACGCAGCACCAGCACCACGGCUACGACCCCGAAGAUACCCAUCGCUUCUCUCACCCGUGUCGAAACCGCCGCUACGAGCUCUUCAUUCAACUCGGGCACAACGCACGACGGUCCCAUGACAGUCAUCGAAAGCGACAUCCAUUUCCGCGAUGACAGCGUCUAA